AUGGCGGAAGAGGAGUUUGAUAGGCAGUUGAUGUGCGAUGAACCUGAAGUGAUACAAAAAGUCAUCGACAUUUCAUCACAAAUGUUGAUCAGCUUGAGGAAUCUUUGCGAGACUCGCGCAGAACUUACUCAACAUGAAAUUAGAACUCUAGAAGGUAAAUUAGUGAAGUUGUUUUCAGUGCAGUUGAAUAAUAGGCAUAAAAAUCCGGGGCGGUUUGAUUGUCAAAAACUAAGAAACUCGCCAUCCAUAAAUCAAUGGCUAGAAGUUGUAGGACUUAGUACACUUUCUGUGCAAAGAAUAUGUGAAAAUAUUAGCUCUAUUGAAGCAUUAUUGUUAAAGUCUGAGAAUGAAUUGAAAUCAAUUCUUCCAGAAUACUCUCUCAAAGAUGAAGAACUUAGACGAUUAACUAGAGCAUCUUAUAAUUUGAAAAAAUAUAGUGAAACUAUAAGGGUCGGAAGCAGAACUCGAGAAAAAUGUAAAAUUACAUUGUAUUGGGAUUCUUGGUAUCGUCAAUAUGAAGUUCGUUGUGAACAAGCUGGGCAUUCUCCAUCGUCUGUCCAAGGUCAUUCUCCUUCUUCAUCAUGUCGCCCUAGAAAUACUCAUUUAAAUCAUUACACUCCACCUUUAACCCCUACUUUAUUUAAUCAUAAUCAUAGAACCACUGAUAGUCCUAUUUCUAAAUUAACAUCACCAAAAAGUCGACGGAAUUUAAAUCCUGAUGUAGUUUUUUCUAAUGGAUUAACAACGCCUCAAUCUCCAAAACCUUUAGUUCCUGAUAUUUGUGUUAAAACUGGUCACAAUUUUUCAAAUUUACUGCCUAUGCUUGGUUAUUGUGAACAAUGUUCUGUACGAGUAUUUGUGGGUGUUAAGUGUAAAAUUUGUAAAUUUCGAUAUCAUAAGGGCUGUUUGUCAAAAGUUCCAUUACAUUGUACGAAGAAUGCUGCAACAGAUGAUAAUGACUCAACUCUUGAUGAGCUAAUUAGUUCAUCAGCUAAUCAUUCGCCUAAUUUUAAUCGCCCUACUUCACACAAGACUUCUUCUUCAUUAUUAUCAAAGAGAAAAACUAGAAUACCAUCUAUCAAUUCAAUACCAGUUUCUUCUAAAAGUGGUGGAGCUGAAUCAAGUUCCGCCCCAUCUAGUACAAAUAGUUCAACACCUUCAAGUCCUGCUCUAGUCAAUACCAGACAAACACAUAUUUCUUCUUUACCAACACCAGCUAUUACUCAUGAACAAUUCAACUAUCCCGACACCCCCAUUUAUUCACAAGAAUUACAGAAAAAUCAAUGUAGAUUUAUUGAAUCAAGGUGUGGGAGUACAGAUUCAGAACAAACAUCAAUUAGAAUGGAUUCUUCCGAAGCUCAAAAUUGGGAUACCGAUGAAAUGGAAACAAGAGGUUGGCCAAGACAAAAUAGCCUAUCUCUUCAAGAAUGGGACAUACCUUGGGAUGAAUUAAACAUGUGUGACAAAUUAGGAGAAGGCCAUUUUGGUACUGUAUACAGUGGAAAUUGGCAUGGACCAGUUGCUAUCAAAGUAAUAAAUAUGGACUACUUAGAUUAUGAAAAAACUUUAGAAGCAUUUAAAGCUGAAGUGGCAACCUUUCGUAAAACUCGUCAUGAAAAUCUUAUUUUAUUUAUGGGUGCCUGUAUGAAGCUUCCUAGAUUAGCCAUUGUAACAAGUCUUGCAAAUGGUAUGACAUUAUACAGACAUAUACAUGUGCUCAAAGAUAAAUUUAAUAUGAGUCGCACCACAAUGGUUGCUCAACAAAUAUCACAGGGUAUGGGAUAUUUACAUGCGAAAGGUAUUAUACAUAAAGACCUUAGAAGUAAAAAUAUAUUCUUAGAAAAUGGGAAAGUCAUAAUAACUGAUUUUGGCUUAUUCAGUGUAACUAGAUUAUGUUUUCGAAACCGGACCCAAGAUGGUCUCAUUGUGCCACCAGGCUGGUUAUGCUAUUUGGCACCAGAAUUAGUUCGUAAUUUGCGUGUUCACCAAAGACCCGAGGAAGAAGAUUUACCAUUUAGUAAAGCUUCAGAUGUUUAUGCUUUUGGAACCGUUUGGUAUGAGUUGUUAUGUGGUGAAUGGCCGUUCAAAUCAGCCAGUCCAGAAGUUAUUAUUUGGAACAUUGGGCGUGGUAUGAAACAAAGAUUAGCCAAUUUAGAAGCAUCUGGUGAUGUCAAAGAUAUAUUGAUGACUUGUUGGUCGUUUAACCCUGAAAAAAGACCAGAUUUUGCUCAAAUGCUUAAGACACUUGAACGAUUGCCACGUAAACGUUUAGCUCGUAGUCCAUCACAUCCAAUUCAUUUAUCGAGAUCAGCAGAAUCCAUAUUUUAAGAAAUAGUUUAACAGUAUUAUAACGUGGCUAUACCAAUGACUUUACUUAUUUAUAUGGUAUAAUAAUUAUUUGUAAUAAAACAACUUACAGAGCUCAGUUAUACAGGUAAUCUUGAUUAAAGCGCUUUAUGUAAUGCAAUUAUGUAUUUUCCAUUAUUAUUAUUAUUAUUAUUAUUAUUAUUAUUUUAAUUAUUAUAAUUAUUAUUAUUAUUAUUAUAUUUGUUAAUUGUGUAUUAUAGUUCUAUUGUUAUCUAUUUAUGGACUGUUUGUAUAGUAUAUUCUGUUUAUAUUGUGUUGGCAGUCAAAUUUAUUUAAAUUCAUGUAAAUGUGAUACAUACACAUAUUAUACAAAAAAAAUUAAUGAUAUAAAACAGUAAUUAC